AUGACUCGAACGACACAUCCGGAGUACCAUGCCGAUACCGAGGCUCUAGAGGUCGCAAAGGCAUUUCCAGAGUCCAUCCGAGGCAGAACCAUCCUAGUUACUGGAGUCAAUCGAGAAGGAAUCGGAUUUGCAACGUCGGAAGCGUUUGCAUCACAAUCUCCCGCACAUCUCAUUAUUGCAGGUCGCACUCCGUCGAAACUACAACAAAGUAUUGAAGCUUUGAAAAGUGCCUAUCCCAAUGUGAAGUAUCGAGCUUUGAAACUUGACCUCUCAAAUCAAAAAGGCGUUCGCGAGGCUGCCGCCCAAGUCCUUUCAUGGAACGACGUUCUAGCUAUCGACAUCUUAGUCAAUAGUGCGGGUGUGAUGCUGAUCCCUGAGCGCACACUGAGCGAGGACGGCAUCGAGAUUCACUUCGCUACCAACCACAUUGGACAUUUCCUAUUCACGAACUUGAUACUCUCUAAGUUGAUCGAAGCGGCUAAGAACAAGCCAAAAGGAAUAGUACGUGUGAUCAACUUGAGCUCGUCAUCUCCUCUGUCGGCUGGGGCUCGGUGGAGUGAUAUUAAUUUCGACAAGAUAAACAAAACCCUGCCGCAAGAUGAACAGCCGGUAUAUGAUGCACUCAAGGCCUGGGGCACAGCUAAACCCGAGGAGAAAACAUACAUUCCACGUGAAGGAUACAACCAGAGUAAAGUGGCGAACGCCUUGUUCAGUAUUGCUCUGAACCAAAAGUUCUAUCAUAAAUACGGUUUCUUAAGCCUAGCAGUGAAUCCUGGUGUCAUCGCCGCCGAAUUGAAUCGGAGCAGCCCUCCCGAAGUCGUGGCCACUAUACAAAGUUGGGGAAAGUGUGGCAAGAUCCAUAUCAAAAAACUAGGUGCUGGAGCCUCCACAACUCUUGUAGCCGCAACGGACCCUCAGUUGGGCUUGCCAACUUCGAAAAAUGGUAGGGAGAAUUACGGAGCCUAUUUGGCCGACUGUAAUAUCAGUGACGAGGCCAACUCCCGGGCUCGUUCGAUUACCAAUGCAGAACGAUUAUGGAACCUAUUAGAAGGUCUGGUCAAGGAGAAAUUUCAUUGA